GUUUACUUUCUCUGUAACGAAUAUACUGCGUCGACAACGUCAACAAAUUCUUUAAAACCGGAGAAAUCGCUUUGUAUCACUGAAAAUGGCCUUUUCCAGUAUGAUCAAAUAUAUCGGAAAAUCUGGCAGACAGAUCUUACACCUGACACCGGGAAAGACGGCUGUUCCAGUAUGUUCUGUACGAUGUAUUCACUCCAAUCACGACAGCUUCAAGUAUUCUGAGGUCCAGCUGGAGCAUGCCAAGGUGCUGAAGCCCAAGCCUGACCCAAACAACCUCCUCUUCGGUCACAACAUGAGUGACCACAUGCUGACUGUUCCCUGGACCGAGAGGGACGGCUGGAGUACCCCUCGCAUCACCCCGCUCAAGAACCUCUCGCUCCACCCGGCAUGCUCUGUCUUUCACUAUGCAAUCUGUCUUUUUGAAGGGAUGAAGGCUUAUAAGGGAGAGGAUGGUAAGAUCCGUUUCUUCAGACCGUACGAGAACAUGGAACGAAUGAACAACAGUGCAGAGAGAGCUGCAUUGCCGAGAUUCAGUGGUGAGGAAAUGAUUCGAUGUAUGGCUAGGCUUGUUCAAACUGACAGGGACUGGGUUCCAGAUAGUAGGACCAGUUCUCUUUACAUGAGGCCCACAUUUAUCGGAACUGAGCCCACACUCGGUGUAAACUACCCCAAGCAUGCUCUCCUCUACUGCAUUGUGGGACCGGUCGGACCUUACUUCGAGACGGGUACAUUUAACCCUGUGACGCUCUAUGCCGAUACCAUGCACAUCAGGGCGUGGCACGGAGGCGUCGGCUACGCCAAGAUGGGAAGCAACUAUGCUCCAACCAUCAAACCCCAACACGACGCCGAGGCCAAGGGCUGUCAGCAGAUCCUCUGGCUCUACGGCGACGAACACUACCUCACCGAGGUGGGCACCAUGAACAUCUUCCUCUACUGGUACAACGACGCCGGAGAGAAGGAGCUGAUCACCCCUCCCCUCGAUGGUACCAUCCUACCGGGGGUCACCAGGCGUAGCUUGCUGGAUCUUGCCAGGGAAUGGAAUGAAUUCAAGGUGACCGAGCGCAGGGUUGCUAUGGAUGAAUUUCAGAAGGCACUCUCUGAGAAAAGGAUAAUUGAGUUCUUUGGUGCUGGUACAGCUUGCGUAGUUUGUCCGAUCGGGAAGAUCUUAUUCAAGGGGGAUAUGAUGGACAUCCCAACCAUGGAUAAUGGGGCGGAGCUUUGCAAGAGAUUCUACAAUACACUUAUGGAUAUUCAGUACGGAAGGGUCAGUCACCCGUGGGCCGUGGAGAUCGACGAACUCAUCGACCUCGAGCUCAGCGACGAGGAGACGAUUAGCAGCUCGGCCAACUGAACAUUACCCGUCUUCACCCACAGAGUUCAUUGACCUGCAAGGUCAAAGGUCAUAUGUCAUCAAGAGGAGGUCAUGCCCUUGCCAGAGAUGAACGUUUGUAUAUUAACCGAUUUCACCCCUCCUCCAACACCUUGUUAUCUAAAGUGCUUCAUGUUCAGUCAAAGUGUGUUCACAUGUACAGAAAACUGCUGAAGCAUGAAAUGCCUCCAGCAGUGAACUCCAGCUGUAUUUAUACUACGUAUGAACGCCCCUUCGAAGAUUGCCUAAUGUAUCAUAAUAGUGGCUUGGUUGUGCAAUCUCAUAAUAUAUUUAUUUUUAUCUUCCCUCUUUGUAUUCAUGACUCUUAUUUGUUUUUAUUGGUAACAUGGUCGACUCGUCCAGCUUUUUAGCCGGGCUACUCAAACCAGCUGAUUUCAUUUUUAAGUCAUAUCUUACUUUGCAUAGUGGUUCUGUAAUAUUUCUGUUAUUCAUAUUAUGUAAUUUAUGAAUCAUCUGUUUGUCGGUUGAAAUUGGUAAUAAUGAUUCAUUUUGUGCUGUCAGAGCAAUGAAGCAGUAAUAUAAAAUAUCUGUUUGUCCCUGUUCACACUAACCUUUUUAUGAGUACUCUGGUUAUCUUCCGCUUAGUCUGUAUGCAUUAUUCGAAUUCAAGUAAAGUGUACAAAUAUUAAAUUUGGGUGUGAAAGGGGGGUUGGAUUGAAAUGGUCAUAUGGAUGACCAUUUCGCACUGAACUUAUUAAUUUGUUUCCAGAUAGUGUUAGUGUGGCAGGGCAGCUAGCAUAUACUGCAUGGGUGGUGUAUCGUAUAAUUACCAUUAUUUUUAGACUACUUUUUUUUCUUGUGGUUCACGCUUUUAAUUGGCUUCAUAUCACUUCGUAUUGGGGGAAAAUUAUGGUUACCGGUAACUGAAUGUCGGCAGAAAGAAGGUGAGAUGGUUGGAUCCCCAGAAGGUUGACUGAAGCAUUGCAAACUUGUCUGCAUUUCUGCAGUGCGAAAGAGGUUGUAUUAGUGUCGGGGAAAUCGUAUUUUGGAAAUAGUAUUUUGUACAUAAAACCUGAAAUAGCAAUAAUGUAUUACGUAAAGACACCCGGGGCCGUUUCAUAAAGCUGCUGGUAAGUUAAGAGCAACUUUAAGAAUGACUGUUGAACCUUUCACCAAUGAACCAUCACCAAUGAAUAUUUCUUUCGUGCUAAACCAUCACCAAUGAACAUUUUGGUGUAUACCAUUUACCAUAAGAAGGGAUCCCCAAUCGUUGUUCAGUCACUCUUAACUUAAGAACAGUUUCAUGAAAUACCCAUCCGUGCCCUGUAUCAUGAAGCAUAACGAUUGAUUGUAGGGCUGAAGUUUCUGAUUGAUCAUACACAAUUGUGAAUGCAAUCAAGUGUAUAAAUCGGCCUUAUGAUCAAACGCUAAGCUUUAUGUUACCGAGCCCUGGGCCCCAUCUUAGAAAGAGUUGCAAUUGAUGCGAUCAAUCACAACUAUGGA